UCGGAUAUUUCGACUAAACAACAAUUGAUCGCAGAAGGUUAUAAAAGAGACCAACACGGAAGAACUCACCUUAGAUCUUCUCAUGUCAUACACAAUGUAUAACACUCCAACAAGUAAAAAACAAAAACCUACAACAAGUUACUUGGUUAGACCAAGAUUGGGUGCCAUCAGAAGUAUUUAUUCAACCAAACCAAUGUCGUCUUAUAGUCAAGACAAAAAGAAAAAACUCAAGAAAUCUCUCGGCAAAAUGGAAUACAAGAAAAAGCCCGAUUAUGCCGACACUGCGUAUCGUGAAGCCGUUGGAAGACUUCGUAUUCUGUUAGCAGAAAGUUACACACCAAUUAAAAGACCUUUGAGGGAAUUAGACAGUGCAGGAGAAGACACUGACAACCAAUCUCUCAUAAGCGCUACCAGCAGAACGUCAAAAGGAUAUCGUCCGUACUAUCAGUACCUCACAAUGCCUCCAAAGCGGUAUCACUACUAUCCUUCCAUAAGACCGACAAGUGUACUACCACCAGAGACCGAAAAAAAUGUCAUGUUUUGCAGGAAUGCGCCAAAAUUUGAAGGCAGUUCUGCGCCGCCAGAGUUAAUGUCUUUUAUAGAAAAACAAGAGGAGUAUAUUGAGCAACUGGAAAAAGAAUCAAGAUUUUGCAGAGAUGAAUUAUCAUGUUUGCUGAGCAAAGUCAAAGAUGUUAUAAGUGAAAAUGAGAAUUUGCACGAAAAGCAGAAAUCGAAUUUAAUGAAGUCGGUUUUCAGUCACUUGGAGACGGAAACGGAAACCGAAACUGACGUGGAUUUAGCCCAAAAGAUGUCAUUAUCGCCUAAAAAAUCGAAAAAAACUCGAGUACUGGAAGGCCCCACAAUCGUUUUUGAAUCACGAAUUUCCGAACUAGAAGCCCAACUGACCCAAGCAAAAAUCGAUUUAAGAAAAGCUUUGGAAGAUAACGACAACUACAAGAAAAAAAUUGCCGACGGAACGAUUUUUGACGGAUUUGGUUUCGAGCAUUACAAGAAACAAAUCGAUGCAUUGCAGAGAGAAAAAGAUGUUUUGCAAGAAACCAUUUCCAAGCUUCAAGCAGCUUUAGCCAAAGUUCGAGACAAAGAAAACGUUACUUGCGAUCAAGUUAAGAGAAGCUUGGAUGUUGCAGAACAAGCACAAUAUGAAAAAAAUGCUGCGGAACUUGAAAUCCGAAGACUUAAAGACGAACUGGAGCGCCAACACUCCAAACUCAGAGACGCAAUUUCAGAUCAGAGUCGACGAAUCUCAGAUGAGAGAAGUGCUGUUGAACGUCGAUACACACAACAAAUCGAGCAAUUGACCGCCGAAUUGGGGGUUCAAUGGGAGACUACAAACAAACUCCAACUGGAGUUGGAUAAGCAAAGAAGAGAAAAUGCAGAUUUGAGAAGGGAAAUAGCACAGAAAGAGGCACUGCUUGAUGGCAUGCGAAAAGACAUGCAAAAUAAAAUUAUGACUUUGCAGUCGGAUAUUGGAGUCAACGGAGCCGAAAAAAGUGCCCUCGAACAGCAAAUUGCAACCCUUCAGAUGACCAACGAGCGGAAUGAACGACAAUCAAAGCAGGAAAUCGGACGUUUGCAGGCCGAGAUGCAGUCUCUGAGACAGAGAUUGGACCGAGCAGAUGCUGAUCUCAUCCACAGCAGACGGGAAAACAUUCGACUCACUGAACAAGUGGCUUCUUUGGAAAAAGAAAUUAAACUCAACUCUGCGUUGAGUGAAGAGAAGAGCAAACAGUCGAGUGGCGAAGUUCUGGCUCUUCCUCCGCCCAAAGAGCAAGACAAGCAGUUGUCUUCCCUCAUCCAAGACAUGGAGUCUAAACACGCGGCUACUGUAGCCGAACUCGAAGGCAUGAUCCAUUCCCAAAAUCAACUCAUGGACAAAUUGUCAGUCGAAUGUCACACUCUUACCCAGAAGCUGGAAGACGCCAGCGCAAGGCAUAAGGAGGAAAUACGGGAACUACAAACUAGCCUAAGUCGAUUAAAUAGUAGAUUGUUAAAUCAGUCACAAAUUACCUCCUCCAGAGUCAAAGAUGAGGACUAUAAUUCCCCUAGCAAUCAAAGAACUGCACCACCAAAAAUCUUGAGCCGUUCCAAUAGUCGAUCAUCCGUUAAACCAAACCCCACUUUAUCAAGAAAUAACAGCGAAGACAAAACACCAUCACUCCAAAAUAUUUCCGAUAACAGAACAUACGGAUCUGAUCAACCCCAUGUUGGUGAUGCUUCGGACGAGAGAAAUUAUAUUCCAGAAGAUUAUCAAACGGAUCCCAAUAAAGAGUACGAUCAGUACGGAAAUGAUCCAAAUCAGCAGUACCAAAUGGAUCCAAAUCAACAGUAUGCAACUGAUCCGAAUCAGCAAUACGAAAUGAAUCCAAAUGCACAAUAUGAUGAGUCCUACGGACAAUACUUGAAUGAUCCGAAUGUUCAAUAUGUCGAGGAUCCGAAUCAACAGUAUGAAAUGAAUCCAGAACAGCAAGAGUAUGUGACAGAUCCGAAUCAUCCGGAUCAACAGUAUGGAACGAAUCAGCAACAGCAAGAGUAUGUGACGGAUCCGAAUCAUCCUGAUCAACAGUACGGAACGAAUCAACAACAGCAAGAGUAUGUAACGAAUCCGAAUCAUCCCGAUCAACAGUAUGACGAGGGAUCAUCGAAUGUGCAAUAUUCAAAUGAUCCGAAUCAAUAUUCCGAUCCUCAACAACAAUAUCAACAACAACAAAAGCCUAUGUAAUGAAAAUAGUGGUGGUGUUUUGAAAAGAACUAUUUGUAUUGUUUGUGAAUUUUUUGCGUCAAGAGCUGUUUUGUAAAUUGAAAAAUAUAAAUUUAUCUAUAAUGUAAAUUACCCAUGUCAUUUUAAUGUACUUGUAAAAAACAUAUAGGUAAUAAUUUAUAAGUUACAUUUAAUAAUGACUGAUAAGUUAGUACUAAUAGUGUUUUCGCUUCCAAUAUUAUAAAAAGCCGUGUAUAUUAAUUUGCAUGUUACUUUACAAUUUAGUAGAGAUUGUAUACUUCUUGUAAGAACGUACAAUAAAAUUCCAUACUAUGA